UGGUGUGCAUGACGUCAACAUACGAAGCCACGCCCCCCUCGGCUGACCCUUUUCUCUACUUCGUACUACUGUCUCAGAACAUUCGUCCAGCAAUAGCGGCGUGUGGUGAAAUGGGAGAAGUUGUAGGUAUCAGUGAAAUUCAUCGGAAACCAAUAGCGAGUAAAGAGGAUAUACUAGACCUUCUGCUUGAAUUAUAUGGACUUAAAGUGGCUGCUAUCUCAGAACAGGAGAGUUAUAGUGAUCAAGUCUGUCAUGUAGUUACCAGAGAGAAAGAACCAUUGUUAACUGAGGAGUACAUAUUGAAAUUGUACAAUCAUGAAGCUUCUGAAAAUCUAAAAGACAUAACUGAAGUUAUAGACAUAUUGGUUUGGUUGAAUCUUCAAGGUAUAAACUGCCCAAAGCCACUCAAAAACAAACACGGAACCUACAUAACAUUGAAGGAUUUCUCAAAAGAUGAGAAUGGAAUAACCAUCUUUGGAACUUAUGCGGUGUGUUUGUUUAGCUUUGUUAAAGGAGUGCAGUUAAAGAAAAUAGUAGAUAUUUCAGAUGGAUUACUCUUCAAUGCCGGACAAUACCUAGCUGAACUUCAACUUCUUUUGAAGAAAGUGCAUUUUCCUAUUACAAGACGAUUGGAGUAUAAUUUUGAUUUUGACUGUAUUAAAGAGCGAUUACGAGAAAAAUAUUUCUACAAGUUUGUUGAUGGUGUGAAAAGAGAGCUUAUUUUAGAGGCAUUCCAUAAUUUUGUCACCGACGUUGACCAACAAAAAGCUCAGUUAGAAAAAGGUGUAAUUCAUGGAGAUUACAAUGAAGCAAACAUUCUGAUUUCAUCAGAAUCUGUCAAUGGAAGUCUUAUAAGUGAGAGAAUUACAGGAAUCAUAGAUUUUAACGACCUCAUCGACGGUGCAUUGGUUUAUGACACUGCAAUCGGUCUACUGUACAUGAUGCUCCUGCGUAGGGGUGACAUGUUUACGGCAGGUGCACACUUCCUCGCAGGCUAUCAGAGCAAGAGACCUUUACAGGCUCUUGAGAAAGAGGUCAUUAUUAAGAUCGUAGCUGCCAGGCUUGCUCUGUCCCUGGUGGCAGGAUUGGAAGCAAGCUCUAAAGACCCUGACAACGUUUAUCUUUUGGAAACACAAGCGGUAGGAUGGGAUUUCCUUCAAAUGCUCUUGAACAUACCAGAAAAAGACAUUUGGGAGACGUGGAAUUUGAUUAUAGAUGGCUAUGAGAAAAGCCAGAAGAUUGAGGCAUAGACACGAUGGUUAUGUGGAGGUUUCUUGCUUGGCCUUUGAAUUCUAAUAAUAGCAAGUGGUUUAAAUUCCUGCAAAUAUUAGAUGUUCCUUAUGAUUAACACCUAUUAAAUCUCACUUUAAUAGAAUUUCAAAUUACUGUACCUUAAUUCUGCCUAGAUUAUCAGAUGACAAAAGUUGAAAGGUGAGCAUACAAGCACACAAAUAUAUGUCUAAUCGGUAUAAUUUACAAUGCAAAAAUAAAUGAGACUAAAAUUUAAAAUUUAAUCAGUUGCUCUUUAGUGUGAAUAAUUAAACCAUGUAUGAAAUCAAAAUAUGGUAAAGCAUAACAGGGGAGGUAUGAUUUGAAACAGUCACCUGUUAUUUACCAACAUGUUGCUUGCAUACACAUAUGUAAAUUUUAUGGUGUACAUCAUACUUGACCAUAUCUAAUUACCUAUAGCUUUUUAUAACUUAAUUUAAAAAAAGAGAUAGAAAAUAGGCUCUAUGUGGAA